GUUGGAAUUUUUUCUUGGAAAUUGGAAUGUCUUUAAAAUAGACUAAAUUAUACCAAAGCUCACAAGCAAGCAAGAAACUUUUCACAAUACCACCACUACACCAUCUCCAUAAGUUGCUAUUAGGGUAAACCAUUAAUGGCGUAAAAGCUUAAUCAAAGAUUCAAAGCCAUUGCGUGCCCGAAACCCACAACAAAAUCGGGCCACAAUCCCUCAAAACCCACUAUUUAAUCCAUCAAAUUGGGGUUUAAACAAACAGGUAGCAGAAACAGAGUAUUGAAGAACACACACACAGUGGGUGUGAAAAGGUGUAAAGAUUGUGUUUUUUUUAAAUAUAAUUAUAUGUACAUACUUCAUUAGCAAACCUGGGAAAGCACGGAGAGUUGUUGUUCGAUGGAAUCUUCAACUGUUUUCAUGAAAUCGCGAUGGCGCUUGCUUUCGCGAGGAUGAGUGAUUCUGCUUAUCGAGUGGAUACGAUUGCACGACUCGCUCAAUGGCGUAUUGAUAGUUUUGGGGCUUCUUCGUACCGGAAAUCUGAUCCGUUUAUGAUUGGAAAGUGGAAUUGGUGUUUGGUAGUGGAAAAGAAUCGAAACUUGAUCAUUAAACUCUUCCCAGUGAUACCAAAAUCAGCCCGGGAUAAUCUUAAUCCUCCGAUUGCUUCAUUCAACAUUCGUGUAAUCUCAUCGUUGGGCAGUCGCAAGACUUUGGUUCAUCCAGAGAUUAGGGAUAAACUGUUGAGAAGCGGUGAAGGUUUUGUUUGGGCGCUUGAUGUUCAAUUGACGGGUAGAUUCAUCGUCGAUCUUGAGUUUCUUGAUCUGCAGACUGCAUCUCCAAACGGUGGCGAAUCGCAUUCCAUUUGGAGUGAAGGGUUCACACAACACAACACGAAUUCAACAACACUUUCGUCCGUUGGCAGAAUGUUAUCAGAAAGCAUCCACACGGAUAUCAUCAUUUGUGCUUCCGACGGAACAAUCGGGGCCCACCGGGCUGUUCUCGCAGCCCGUUCACCCGUCUUUCACAGCAUGUUCUCCCACAACCUCAAAGAGAAAGAAAUGUCCGCCAUUAACAUCAACGACAUGUCAAUUGAAGCUUGCAAAGCUUUUCUUAGCUACAUAUAUUCAAACAUAAAGCAUCAAGAUUUCAUCAAACACAGACUCGAUCUUCUUCGGGCCGCUGAUAAAUACGAUGUUUCGGAUCUAAAAGAUGCGUGUGAAGAAAGUUUGAUAGAAGAUAUCGACACGAAGAACGUGUUGGAAAGACUGCAAAGUGCUUCUAUGUAUAGAUUGGGAAAGUUGAAGGUUACUUGCAUUCAAUACCUUGUGAAGUUUGGUAAGAUUUUCGAUAUUAGUGAAGAAUUCAAUGCUUUUAUACAAUCUGGUGAGAGAGAUUUGAUAGGUGAAGUUGUUAAUGAAAUUCUUUCUGCUUGGAAAGGUUUCUGAACUUUGAUUGACUACUUGUUUGUUGUUGUAUCUAUUGACUUAUGAAACCUGUAUGGUGCGCGAUUCGUUUGUCGCAUAUUAUUGUUUCAUUAAAAGGUAUGCUACAAGAUUCAUUUGUAACAUCAUUUGAAGAAUGCAGCUCGGUUAUGUA